AUGUCUCUUCAUCAUCUUCUCCGUCGUCCUGUCAUUUGCGUCGUCUCUCCACAUCACAGCAAUUCUCCCGGGAGAAUAAAUUACACUUCUCUCACACCUUACAAGUCUUCAACGGCGAGUCAGUCCCUGACUUCCAUUUUGAUAGCCAAUCGUGGUGAAAUAGCUCUACGUGUCAACAAGACAGCUUUCCAGUAUGGCAUCACGACCACGACAGUCUAUACAGAACCAGACGCUAGAUCGCAACACGCUCUGAGCUCUCCUAAGGCCGUCAACCUGGGACAUUCCUCAGCUUACCUGGAUGGUGACAAAAUCAUUGAAGCUGCCAAAGUGCACGGGUGCACAGGCAUCCAUCCUGGGUACGGUUUUCUGAGUGAGAAUUCAAUGUUUGCUAGAAAAUGUACAGAAGCGGGACUUGUCUUCAUAGGGCCGCCAUGGGAAGCAAUGGAGGCUAUGGGCAACAAAAGCCGGUCAAAAGAGAUUAUGAUCGAAGCCGGGGUACCGUGCAUUCCAGGCUAUCAUGGCAGCAACCAAGAACCAGCUUUUCUCAGGUCCGAAGCCUCCAAAAUUGGCUUCCCGGUGCUCAUAAAAGCCGUGAAAGGCGGUGGAGGAAAGGGCAUGCGGAUAGCAAUGACGGCAGGUGUGUUUGACGACCAAUUGAAAAGCGCGAAAUCAGAAGCUAUGAAUUCAUUUGGCGACAAUGUCAUGCUCGUCGAGAAAUACAUUACGACCCCUCGACAUAUCGAAGUUCAGAUAUUCGCAGACAAACAUGGCAGUUGUGUCUCCCUGGGGGAACGGGACUGCAGCAUCCAAAGGCGACAUCAAAAGAUAUUGGAAGAAUCGCCAGCGCCCAAUCUAGACGAAUCUGUUCGUCAAGAUCUAUGGAAGAAGGCUCGCACUGCAGCCUUGGCUGUUGGCUAUGAGGGCGCAGGUACUGUAGAGUUCAUUUUUGACAAUGAGUGUGGCGAAUUCUUUUUCAUGGAAAUGAACACCCGACUACAAGUGGAGCAUCCCGUUACCGAAAUGGUCACUGGGGAAGACCUCGUACACUGGCAGCUUAUUGUGGCGGAAGGAGGUAAGCUUCCUCUGAGUCAGAAAGAGAUCGAAGCAAAGAUUUCGGAAAGAGGUUGGGCAAUCGAAGCGAGAAUCUAUGCAGAAAAUCCUGAAAUGGGUUUCACACCUGACUCGGGACGCCUCAUACAUAUGCGAACACCCUCUAUCACUGAGACAGUAAGGGUCGAUGCCGGCUACAUCAUGGGGGACGAAGUGUCUUCGCACUAUGAUCCCAUGAUAGCGAAGCUGAUCGUCAGGGGUCCAAACCGGACAAUCGCCAUACAAAAGUUGCAUUCUGCUUUGGAACAAUACGAGAUUGCGGGACUGGUAACGAACGUCGAGUUUUUGAAGGCGGUCUGUAAACAUCCAAGCUAUGUGGCAGCCGAAGUAGAGACGGGCUUCAUCAGCAAACACAGUGACAAGCUGUUCGCAGAGGGGCCAACCGCUCCUGAGGUCUAUGCUCAAGCCGCUCUGGGCUUGCUAUUCCUGGAAGCAGCAACUUCGCAAGAAAAGGAUGCUGCCAUACUUGGUAUACCCCAGUCUGGAUUUGCAGCCAUGGCACAACGAAGAUUCUGGGGGUUUCUCCCGAACAGAACGCUCGUUUCCAACGAAACGGCCGAACAAAGCGUAGGAAUAGAUGUUUUGGAGACCGGAUUCUUUGACAUUACCGUUAGUGGAACACCGACUACCUACCGCUCCGUCGCCAGCAGCUGGGAACCACAAACCCGCAAAGUCACGUCUUUCUUUCCCCAUACCAGGCUCGAAACGAGAGUGAUAGAUGACGACCAAGGUAAUCUCACGCUCUACCAACAAGGCCAGCAAUUCCGCCUACGGUGUGCCACACCAAAGUGGGUUGAACGAGCCUUGGGCAUCAAAGAUACAGCUCACAGUGUCCUGGCGCCAAUGCCGUGCAAGAUCCUGAGGGUAGAGGCCAAGGCGGGCGAUCAUGUCAAAAAGGAUCAGGUAUUAGUGGUUAUUGAAAGCAUGAAAAUGGAGACCGUGAUCAGAAGCCCUCAAGACGGCGUCAUCUCUAGGAUUGUACAUCAGCAAGGGGAUCUGUGUAAAGCAGGUAACGCUUUAGUCGAGUUUGAAGAGCUUGUAGAGCCUAAGUAG